CUGAUUAUUCUACAUGAUUUUUGUCAGACUUCCUGCACGCUGACUUACAGAAAGAGCAACAUCCCAGGAAACCAUCCCGUCGAGAUUCUGAUGGAAGACUAUCCCAGGCAGGAGAUCCAUGUGACCUACUCUGAUGGGUCCUACACAACAAAGAGACCUCUGAGGGGGAAUCGCCACAAACGCUAUGCUCCACUGGGAUACAGCGCAGCCUAUCCAACCACUACAGCUACUCCAACCACCACAGCCUAUCCGACCACCACCCCAGUUGCCCCAACCACCACCACAGCUGCCCCAACCACCACUACAGCUGCCCCAACCACCACCACAGCUGCCCCAACCACCACUACAUGGAGCGGCUCAGCCUGGGUGGGCGGGGGAGGGGGGGCUGCAGGGGGGGGGUUCCCGGUGGCGCCCGGUGCCGGCGGCGGUGAUGUCACAGCUCCGCACAAUGCCGGCCCUCUCUCUCUGCGGCCUGUAAAUGGGCUCCUUCACCUGGUUCCCACGUCCAGCGUGAUGUCAUCGUGA